GCCGCUUUGAGCAGCCCAUUCUAAUAAGAAGGGCUCUUUUUGCUAUGGAGAGAUAACGGAUCAGCUCAGGUUCACCUUUGAUCAUCGCUUAGACGUUAUCUGCCCACCCUACUUUGGGACCACAGAUAAAAAUCCUGACAUCCACCCAUACAGAACCCCACUUGGAAAACGACUCUAAAUCUGAAUCAGAGUUAUCAACUGGCCAAAACUUGGAGUGAACAAUUAACCUACUUCUUUUCAGACCCAAUUCUUUCGCCAUCACAGGACAGAGCAUAUAGCAUCAGAGACGUCAACAUUAAUUAUUAGUCAGUGCUCUCAGCUGUGCAUUUAUCACACAAAUCAAAAUGUGGGCGUUCGUACUAACUCUUUCCAUCUCGGUCCUGGCUUGUGCUGCCCAAGGCGAAGACUUUGUGAGCAAUGUAAAACAGAACUAUCAGUCCAGCGUGAACGCCAUGCUGGUGUCACAGAUACAGAAGGAGUUGUCCGCCAGCUACGUUUACCAAGCCUAUGCCUCCUACUUUCAAAGAGCUGACGUAGCCCUUCCGGGAAUCCAGAAGUUUUUUGCAGCUGCGUCGUUAGAGGAGAGAGAGCAUGCCCAGAUGCUUAUCGACUACAUCAACAAGCGAGGUGGUCACGCUCAGUUCAACGAGAUUGACAUCUGCAGCUUCGUGGCAACAAAAUCUCUCUCAAGCUUCUGUGGAGACAGGGGAGACUGGAAGGAUGGCUUGAUGGCCUUUGAGGACGCACUGGCCACAGAGAGAUAUGUUAAUGACCAACUGCUUCGCAUCCAUGAGCAUGCUGAUGCAGAGAAAGAUGCCCAUCUGACUCAUAUCCUGGAGCAUCAUUUCCUGGAGGAGCAGGUGAACUCCAUCAAUGAACUUGCUCACUACGUCACCAGGCUCAGGAGCUUCACCAAAGGGACAGGCAACAACUACAAACUGGGGGAAUAUAUCUUUGACCAGAAUCUGAAAUAAAUAUGUCAUAAUUGAAGCCAGCCAGUGCAAUUAGCAGUAUUGAGGAACGGUAUAAUGUUCUUUUUUUUGUGUUCCAUCUCUGUAGUUCGGUACAAUAUUUCCUGACGGUAAAGAAUUUUUUUUAACAAUCAGAACAUUCAAUAUUUGAUAGGAAUGGCUGCUCAGAGGGAAAGAGCUUAAUAAACGUUUUCUUUUGAAACAUGUUUAGUUUGGAAUCUGUAGAACAUCUCGAGCGGAAUUUCGCUUUCGUUUUGUGUUCAGAGAUGAAAUCAUCCGACAACGUUGUGGUAGCUAAGGUACUGGUUGGGGAGGGUGGAGGGGUAUUUUUUGCUUUGUAAUCUUUUGUAUAGUGGUCGUGGAAUGCAACUGUGAAAAAUAAAGAAGUUGAACUGAAGGAAA